CCUGCAUGAGUAUGAAGUUAUCGUGCCAGUGCAGUGGUCCAGACAGCUUCCUGAGUCCGUAAAAACAUUCAAGACUCUUUAAUGCCUUUUAUUGACAAUCUCUAAUUUAAGACUUUGACUAUUUUGUAAAGGGUUACCCUUAUUUUACAGGGGAGAAAACACACAUCCUAAAAGCAGCAAAGGUUUCUAUGGACAAUUCCAUUUCAGCUAAUUUCCAUGCGGGGACACAGGAGAACCAAAAGGCCAGCAGAGAGUGAAUUUUUUUGUCUUCCCGGAUCCUUCAGCACUACUAGAGAUACCCCUCCUGACAGUACAGCCCAGCUGGUUCCAGAGAUCAGCUGUCAGCCAACCAACUGUUUACAUAAACUACAAUGUGUUAGCGUAGAGAUGCAUGUAAACAUCUACUAUGAUUGUUGUUUCUCAUUGACUUGCGACUGCAGCAGCUAAGAAUCUAGCUCCUGUUUCUCCAUCAGCUCUGAAUUGGUGUAGGUUCUCAGAAUUUUGCUGAUGCUGACUCUGCACCCUUUUGGUGGCUCUGUUGACAAACAGUUUAGUGAACAUAACCUCUUUCCUUUCCUUCUCAUCCACUCAACCUCUGCUGUCACACAUACACACACACAGAUUCAGGCCGGAUGUACAUUUGAUCGCUACACCAAUCUUCCCAUUUUACAAUGCUAAUGAUGUCUCUAGUGUGAAGACAAAAUCUUUCUUUUACUUUAAUUACAAGGACAACCUUCUAGAUGUUUAUGACCAAUAGCCUCCAGAGGGUCCAUUUACUUCUUGAAUUAAAUCAUAAUGUCUUAAAAUGUCUUGAUAAUGAAUUACAAAAUAGUAAUUACAGUAGGCAAAGGUUAACUAAUUUUGCAGGGGAAAGAAUGUUGUUACACCAGUGGUGGACACGCAUGCUAUAUUAAACUGUUUUUUUUUAAACACUGCUGUAAUACCAGUGGUAGCCACAGCGUUCAGCCUGCCGGCUUAAUUAACCACACCUGGUGGCGCAUUGAUGGCUGGGCUCCCCAGUCCCCAAAGACAGCCAACGGCCCGAUUCAAGUUGAACGUAAAUAGCAAACAUCACCAUAAAUUCACUCCAGAUUAAUUUAGGUAGCUGAUAACUAAUUUAAUUCACUCAGGCCAUGUAGGUGACCAACCAAUUAUCUUAUUCACGUCAACUGAUUAAGUACGCCUAUAGCUGAUGAUACAUCCUAAAGUGAACAUAGCGAAGAUUGUCAGUAGCACACGUCAGGAGUAGAAUGCUAGUCAUGUUUUACAGGUUAAAUGUACCAUAGUACAUUAGUUAGCAUUUUGUUUUACUUCAGGUGAGUCAGGUUUGGUCCGCCUUAGUGGCUUUUACCAUACUUGCAUCGAUGUCUCUGUUAUCUAGGUCUACCAUAUAGAUUAACAACAACAAUGUCGACCGAGACUUCAGAGGAAGCUAAAGUUCAGGAUGACCAAACCCAAAGAGUUGUGGCUGCAUCGGCGGCGGCAGCAGCAUUUGACGCCGUCCGUAUCCAGAUCUGCACCACCGGACAAACGAGCGUCCACCAACCUCCCGUAAUUACGACUGCACGACCCACACCUGUUCGCCACAGCAUUGUCGGCAGCACAGGUCAAAGGUUGGCUAGUGUUGUCCCACAGGCAUCCUCCUCGUCAGUACUGGUGGUAGCUAAAGUGCCAACCCCAGGGUUAUGUGCAACUGGGCAGCCUUUGCAUUUGACCAGACCAUCCUCUGCAACUGCUGUAAGUAUUAAGACUCCUGCCCCUGGAAGGAUAGUGGUGAUGGCUGUUCCAAAGGCCACAGUUCCCCAACCUCUAGCUCCCCGUCCACCACAGACAUCCUCCACGCAGCUUCCAGCAAAUUUUCAGAUCCCACCAGGCAUGGUGCUGAUCCGUAGCGACAGCGGUCAGCUCAUGUUGGUAUCACAGCAGACACUGGCCCAGGCUCAGGGCCAGCAGGCGCAGAAGGCCAUCAGUGUCCCAGCACCAAGAUUACCAGCCUCCAGAUUACCAUCACCAAUGGUCACGACAGCACCAGCUAAAAAGCCUGAUAAGCUUAUGGUGAUCAGAGUUUCAGCUCCACCGACCGCCGGAACCUCAACAUCAGCAGCCGUAGCCGGCAUGAUGAAGACAACUGUGCUGAACAGGGAAGCUCCCAAACCGGUGGUAGUCCAGACACUCAACACUGUGAUCGGUCAGGGUGCUCAGCCUCGCAGCCAGGCAGGGAUCAAACAAGCCCCCAGCAGCAACCAGCCAAUGUUCACCAUUACACAGGAGACUCUGGAGAAUGUGAAAAAGUGCAAGAACUUCCUGGUGACUCUGAUCAAGCUUGCGUCCAGCGGCAGCCAGUCCCCUGACAUGGCCACCAACGUCAAGGCCCUUGUGCGCUCCCUGCUCGAUGGAAGCCUUGAACCCGAGGAGUUCACAAAUAAGCUGUAUGUGCAGCUGAAGUCUACUCCCCAGCCAUACCUGGUGCCUUUCCUCAAGAAAAGUCUCCCGGCAGUCCGUCACCUGACCGCAGACCCCCAGCACUUCAUCCAGCAGGCGGGCCAGCCCAAGCCACAGCUAGCCACCCCCUCCAAGCCCCCUCUGGCUCCUCCCUCAGCCGCUCCAAAGCCAUCUGGUACCCUCACAGGAAUCAGGCCCACCCUGAAACAUGUGGUCCUGAACAAAUAUCCCACCGGAGGAGUUCCAGCUGGACCUACAGCCACCGGCCCCAGCACCUUGCUGAGAACGGGUUCAUCUGAGGGCAGUAGGACCACACAAAGAGGCGUGGUUGUUCUGUCAGGACAACAUCAAGGCGCUUUUUCUUUUAAAAGGCCUUCAGUUCCACAACAACAACCCACCUCUAAAUAUGCUUUCAAGGAAACUUCUUACAAGGAGGACGACGACAUCAAUGACGUGGCCUCCAUGGCCGGGGUCAACCUGAAGGAGGAGAGCGUGAGGAUCCUCGCCGGAGGCGGCAUCGUGAUUGGCUCCGUGGUGCGCUCCUGCCAGGACACGCCCUUCCUGUACACCGGGGCACUGCAAGCCCGCAUCCUCCGCACAGGAGAAUCCCUGGGGGUGAGCGAGGCCAGGCCGGAGGUGGUCACUCUGGUGUCCAACGCCACUCAGGAGUUCCUGCGGGACCUGCUUGAGAAGCUUUCCUUGGUGGCAGAGCACCGCAAGAAUUCAGUUAAGGAGGAUCAACGCCAUACACAGGUGACGGACGUCCGUGCUCAGCUCCACUUCCUGGAACAAGUGGAGGUUUUAAAGAGGCGACGACAGGAAGAGGAGCUGAGGGAGACUCUGCUGCGUCUGGCUCGGCGGCGCUCCAACUGUGAGGAUCCAGAGCAGCAGCAACUGCGACAGAGGGCCAAAGAGAUGCAGCAGGCCGAGCAGGCUCUGCUGCAGCACAGAGAGGCUAACCUCACAGCCCUGGCUGCCAUCGGGCCCCGCAAGAGGAGGCCCCUGGACUCUACAGGAAGUGUGGUGUCCGUAUUGGCCAAGAGUGUGGUGACGAGGGUGACCAUGAGGGACUUGCUGUUGGUCAUGGAGGAAGAUCGGCGAAUGCGACACUCCCUGACCCUGUACAAGGCUCUUAUGAGAUAAUCCCUUCUGUAACUUUAGUUACUUUUUCAGAAGUUUGGUUGUCCACUUUUUUUACUUUAAUUUAUCUGUUCUUUGCAGUGUGCACUGCAAUAUUUAUUUAUAUAUUAACUAUUUAUUUAUUUCAAAUUUUGUUCUAUGACAAAAAAAUAGACUUUGUGUUUAACUGUAUUUAUUGUGCCAAAAUAAGGCGUUGAUUUAUGUUUGGAUGAUGGCCUUGUCUGUUGAUUGACAUGUGGUAGUUAUUAUUAAGUUAGAGGAGAUAUUAACCUGCACCUCCAUUAAAAAAAAAAAGAGGAACUGUGUGUCUGGUGUGGGGGGGAAGGCCUGAGGCCUUUAACAGGAACUAAACAUGGACAAACGUAACUGAUCUCACAAACUACUCUUAAGCAUAGGCAUCACUAUGGGAUAAAAAUCUGAUCAUUUGUGUCUUCAAAAUGGCUUAUGGGGCUAAAUGCUGGAGUCAAUUUGAAUUGAGAAUACUUUGCUGGGUUCGUUCGAUGACCAAAAUACCCUGUUUCUAGCAAAUGCUUGGAUACGGCUAAAGUACAAUAGCACUUUAGCUUUAUUUAUAUGAAUGACUUCCACAUAUGUUUAUGUUCCCAUUUGCUCUGAUGAACUGAGGGCAUGGGAAAAGCAAUAAGGUUUAUGUCUUGCAUUUCAAGUAGCAUUUUAUUAUUCCACUUUGCGGGCAGACAGACGCAAGCUUAUUUUGCUGAAACUUAUUUCUAAAAACUGAAAGAUGGCCAAAACACAUUUGUUCAAUGUAUUUUUUACAAAUUCAGGCCAGAUCUGAAGUUACUUGCCUAAUAGGGUUCAACAUUCACUUUGAUU